AUGGCUGAUGCCUGUCUAUUGGGUCUCUGGAUUACUCUGGUCGAAGCGACCAGGAUCAAGAUCGUGUCCAUUCCGGAGACCCCUGUCGAAGGCCAGAAUGUCACUUUCUCUGUGGAAAAUGUGCAGGGCGACAUCCGCGAGGUCAGCUGGUUUCGAGGGAUGGCCUCUCAGGGGUCCACAAGAGUCUUCACCUACUUUCCCGGAAACAGUCGUCCGCAGCGCAACGGGGUCCAAUUUACCAACAGAGAAUUUGGUUUCCCCAAUGGGUCUCUUCUCAUCACUGGAAUCAGGCCCAGUGAUGUUGGCCGAUACAACGUCAUGAUCCUACUCCGGCCCAAAGAAAUUCUCAAUGCCUCUACUGAGCUUCAGUUGGCUACACCACCUCCAACAACAGCCGCAACAGCAACCCCACCCAGUAAGGACCCGCCCAAGGUGCCUUCGACGCUGGGCUGGAUCGUGGCUGGCGUCUUGGUUGGGAUUUUGCUCUGUGGAGCGCUUGGGGCCGUGAUGGUGUACCGGUUUGUUUUACAGAAGUCCGAACCAGGCACCAGGGUGGCAGGAAAAUUGGAUCUAGGAGCAAAAAAGCCACCUGCAUCGAAACAUGAUGAUAAGGAACCCAUUUAUGAGAUGAUGGAUUCUCCGGUGGAAAUGCCAAAGGGUCCACUCCCAAUCUCUGGCCCUCUUCCGCCUCUUCCAGGGACCUGCCCCACAUUGGACUCAAAUUAUACGGAUUUGCUGUACAGAGCAGAGUCAGUUUACUCUGAAAUUAAGAGGUGUUGAUGCAGCUGAAAGAUACUUCUCUUCCUGAUUCAUGGCUCAUCUCUUCUUGGGUAAUGAGCCAUCCCAGGAUAUUGUGAUGAAAGCAAAGUAAUCCCUAUAUUUCUACCUUUAUGGGAUCAAGGAUUCUUUCUCUGCUAGACUGUGAAUACAGCAAAUAACUUUAACCUAUUGUUAAAUUCAGAUUUUAUUGAGCCCAAGACUGUCUCUUGAUGGAACAGGGUCAAAUGGAAUUGUGCGGACAUUAGUUGGUUCUCAUCUUUCACCCAAAAUGUGGGCCGUAAUUUAGAAGAUCUAGAGGGAUGGAAGAAGAAUUGGAUAGCAAGGGGCGUCACUCAAUAUUGACUCGAUCAUGCAAUUGUUCUGAGGACCUCAAAUAAUUCAUAUCCAGAGAAAAGGCCCAGUUCUCUCUGGAUGCGUGCAGAACUUCCCCAAAAGGCCUAUUGCCAUCAGCUUUUAGACCAGAUUGUCAGCCUGGAAGAUUGGCUGCUCCAAAACAGCCAGAUGUG